ACAGGCCAGAAUUGAUCAAAUUUUAGUUAACUGUCAGUUGAGAAAUGACGCGGCGUUUUUUAACCUAUAGCCGAGAUCUGAAAUCGGCAACAAUUACUGAUAACCGCUGAAAUUUUAACUGGUAGCUAAGAAAGCACCGAAAAUUCAACUAAUAACUAAGAUUCCAUCACCCUCAUGCAGAUCGUCUAAACCUGGCCGGUCACCAUUAGGUUUAAGUCAUAGAAAGUAUCCGGGUUGACCAUCUCAAUUUUCUUUCAGCUUUCUUUAAGUUGUUUUUGGUUGCUGCAUUCUAACAGAAGAAAACCGAGCUAUGCUUGAAGAAUUAGUUCAAUAGAUGUACUCUCUGUUGACAAACGUCGAUGUGAAAAUGUAUAUUUUAUCAUGCAUGGUGAUUGUGCUCCACUUAGCAGAUGGAGUAAAACCAGCCUCUUCAGCCAAGCUCACUGGAUUGUUUUCACGAAAUGGUGAUGAGAAUUUUAUCAAGAAUCAGUCGGGAAAAGAAAGAAUGACAGUGCCGCGUGUCUUUCAAAAGUCUUCCUCAGAUUCGAACUCAUUGAGUUUUGCAUUCACUCUUCCCGUGCAACGUAAAACACUGCCAUUUGACUCCAACGCUUCAAAAAAACAACUGCAUCCACCAUUGGCAACUUUUCAGGAGUUGAAAAAGGUAAAGAAAAUCAGAAAAGCAAAUGCUUUCACCAAUAUCCUAAAUGGACAACUUCGUGGAAAAGAAAUGGGAGUGAACACAACACAGAACAACUAUAAUGUCAAAACCUUGAAUUUGGUUGGAGUUCCUCUUAAUCGGAGCAAAACGAUCAACAUUGGCGUACGCGUUUCGAGAUUUGGAACAUCUACAGUUAACUCAAGCGCAGGACCAAGGCUUGAAUGGAAAGCAAAACCUCGACCGAACAGCAAAUACAUGAACAAGGUGAUGUCUCCUGUGGAACAAUUUCAAACUCAAUCGGCUUUAAUAGCUAACACGCUCUUGGAUGAAGAGAUUAUUGUGAUGGGAGAGCCUUUGAUAUUCACAAAAGAAAAUAAGAAGGGAUCCUAUGCCGUAACGCCCACUGUACAGAAAGGGAAUGUAAGUUCUGAUAUUACAGGUCAAAACACCUCUCAAGUGAAUAUGCAUCACAAUAGUAGUGGAGUGCUUUUUUAUAACCCUGCCCCUCCUAUUCAACUCCAAGCCCAAGGGGUGCGAGUAAAAGGUGCUCAUUUGACAAACCAGUCAGCAGAUCAUGUAGACUUCCAUAACAACACUACUAUUUCAAACGUUUCGGAAGCGCAGUUAACACAAGGUCCAAAAAACAACCUCUCUAAAACACAUGAUAAUCUUUCUGGGGGUGUUCAUAAUAAUGAAAGUAACCAGCAACCAAAUCAAUUGCCAACACAGCCUAGCAAUGCAAGCCAGGCUGGAAAUAAGGAAGAAGAAGAAGAUGGAUAUGAGAUGGAAAGGAUAACAGGCCAUGGUCUUCACAAUAAUGAAAGCGUUUAUCCUUCUACUUUCGACGACGAAUCGCUGAAACAGGAGACGUUCGGGCACCAGUCUAGAAUAUCAGAGCAGAAUCAGACAGAACUAGUUUACGAGAAUGACCAUGAGUCUAUAGGAGGUCAAGGUUUUGGAGAUUCAAUAAAUUUGACUAACUACCAAGAUAACGUCAUAAUGAACGAACCUUAUGACAAUCAGGAAAACAAGGCUGUAAAUACAGAUCAAUUAGCUGAAGACCAAGAAAAUUCCACAGCCUUGCAAGAAGAAAGCGAUGGCCCUGAGGAAAAAGAAAUGGAUAACACCCAAAGAAUCAGCGACAAUACUAGCAACCUCGAGCAAAAUCAAGAAAGUAAAGACGACGAACCGUUUUCAGCAGGCAAUCCAAUCACUCCAUUAUCAAAUCGGCGAUAUGUGCCAGUUGACGAGUUUGGAUCACCCUUGUAUGGCGCCGAGACCGAUGACUAUUUUCAACGGGAAGCUCUUGUGGCACACAACAAAUAUCGUGCUAUUCACAGGGCUCCUCCCCUGGAACUUAGCGAACGGCUCUCCAGAGAAGCGGAAAAGUUUGCCAAAAACCUAGCUAAGAUGGGCGUAGCACGUCACGAAGUCUGGGAAAACCUUAGGAGGGAGGGAGAAGGCGAUAAUGUAGCUAGAGGAUGCAGUGAAUGGGGAGGGCUAACCGCCACUGGAGCCGUACACAGAUGGUAUACGCAAGUUUGUUACAUGGACUGGAGCAAGCGGACCAUUCAACCAAACACAAAGAACUUCAUGCAGUUGAUAUGGAAAGGAACCAGUCAUAUGGGCAUCGGGAGAGCUUUCGGAAUGCGUCAAGGUCUGCCCUGUACCUUUAUAGUGGCACGUUACACCCCAGGAGUAAUAAACUCAUAUGGCCUGGAAAGCAACAUCGACAGAGGAUUAUUUGUACCUUCUUAUUGCAAUGCCGAGAGAGAUGAAGGUUUAAUGUCAACAGGAUUUCCCAGCAGCUUCUUCCUGGAAAGUACUAACAGACAAAACGACGAAUCUUCGGCUCCAACCGAUGAUCAACAAACAACAAGCAGUUCUACAAAUGGAGUAAAUUACUUCCCUCUGAGUUCUUGGGAGAAAAAUAUCGAUGCACAAGAUGUACAUGACCUUGUAAAUGAGCAAACUGUCUCGGAAGCAGCUAACAGCUUCUUGCCUCGCGUUAAUCUGGCAGAGAGCAAGUCUGAUGAAGGAAAAAAUGAUCAAGAAGUUCCAAUGGUAGUAGAUGACAAUGCCUGGAAGAGAGGUUAUGAGCCAUCCAAAGAAAAAGGCGAAGCUCGGUCAGGCAAGAAAACCAGCUGAAAAUCAGUGGAAGGAUAUAGUUUUGCACUUGAGUCAGUCAUUAAGAUGUGCAAAAA